AUGCCUUCAUUAUUUAAUUAUUUGUUAAUAAAAAUCAGAAGACAACAACAACAACAUUCCUCAUUAUUUUUAAUUUUUAUUUAUUUAAUUAUUUUCUUUUUUACUCCAUUAAACUCUCAAAAUAUUACCUUCAACAACAAUACUGGUUUAAUUGAAAGUGAAGAUGAUUGUUUAUCCCCUAUAAAAAUUGGUCUUCUUUUACCUGAACAAUACAGACAAAGAAUUGAUCCAUGGCUGUCACUUUCUUUAAAACAUUUGCAUCAAAUUUUGAAAAAUUCACCGUUGGCUUUGGCCUCUCAUUGUUUACAAUUGGCGCCAAAAGACACUGCUUGCAAAACUUCUUUGGGUAUGAAAGCCCUUUUUGAUUUAAUGGGUCCACAAGAAUCUGGAGGAAAAGUGGUUGCGCUAUUUGGGGAUAUUUGCACUGAUGUUAAUGAACCUGUGGCAAUGGCGGCAAAUUUCUUCCGCAUUGCGCCUGGAGAUUUGAAUUUUAAUAGAGCUAGAAAGGAAUUAAUUAAAGCUUUUGGUUGGCGCCGUGUUGGAAGCAUUAAACAAAGCGACCAUUCCUCUCUAGCAUUGGCACAUGAACGUUUAACUACAAAACUUGAACUCGGAGGUGUGCAGGUUGUUUAUACUGCAAGUUUGAGUGGUGAAAGUAAUGACCAGGCUAUUGAGGCAGAAUUGGAUGAAUUGAAGCACAGAGAUGUUCACAUAUUUAUUGCCGAUCUCAGCCGUUCUCUAGCUCUUCGUGUAUUUUGUGUUGCUUUCCGUUUAGGCCUCUAUGGAAAUAAUUUUGCUUGGAUUCUUCCAGGAUUUAAAAUUUCUCCAGACGGGACAAUAAAUAAUUUUUGGUGGCAAAAUAAUUAUUUAAAUAUUCAAACAAAUUGUUCUUUGGAAGAAAUUGAGGAAGUUUUGGCUGGACAUUUUGCUUUAGAUCAAGCACUUAUACGGCCUUAUGAGAAAGGAAAAGAAGAAAUUUUGGCUAGUGGGAAGACUCCAACACAAAUUCUCGAAGAGUUCCAUCAAAACUGUCUACAAGAAUAUGGCUCAAAUACAGAAUGUCAAACAGAUUCCUUAGCACAUUCAUCCUACGCUUAUGAUGGAAUUUUGGCUUUAGGCUUGGCUUUAAAUAAAAGUUUGAUUUUAAAGAAAGGAAAGGAAGAAGAAUUUGAAAUUGACAAAAAACUUUUUGUUUCAAAAAUGAGAAAAACAGAUUUUGAAGGUUUAAGUGGAAGAGUUCGUUUUGAUGAUAAAGGGGAAAGGCUUGGAUUGGUACAAAUACAACAAUUAAUUAAUGGUUCUUAUUCAAUUAUUGGAUUUCUUGAUAAUGCUGAAGGACGAUUUCAGUUAAACAAGGAUAUAGAUUGGAUUCCACCAGCCGAUUCAACACUUUUAUUGCGUAGAAGAGAAUAUGUUUCUGCACUUUUAUUAAUAAUAAUGUGCUCAUUAGCUUUUGCUGGAAUUUGUUUGGCUCUGAUUUUUUUGAUUGUUAAUAUUAAAUUUAGAAAUCACAGAUUUAUAAAAAUGUCAAGUCCGAUUAUUUGUGGUUCUUUAUGUGCUUAUUUAACAAUUUUUCUUCUUUCUGUGGAUACUAGAAUGGUCAGCAUACGACGUUUUGAACAGUUUUGCUAUGCAAAAGUUUGGAUUCUUUGUUUUGGUUUUACUCUCGCUUUUGGUUCAAUGUUUAGCAAAACAUGGCGUGUUCAUUCAAUUUUUACUAAUAUUAGACGUGACAAAAAAGCAAUAAAAGAUUCUAAACUUUAUUUAAUUGUUGCUUGUUUGUUGGCGAUGGAUGGAGCAGUUUUGCUUUUAUGGGCAUUGAUAUCACCCUUUAGAUUAUCUUUAGCUGAACGAGGACAGUUUAGAGAAGAAAAUAUGUUAAUUAUCCCAGAAUUGGAACAUUGUGAAUCUUCGCAUUCUGUUGUCUUUCAAUUAGUUUUUGCUAUAACUAAAGGAUUAUUAAUGUUGUUUGGUUGUUUUUUGGCUUGGGAAACUAGAGCAGUUAAUGUGCCUGCUUUAAAUGAUAGUAAAUAUAUUGGGAUUGCUGUAUAUGCUAUUGUGGUUAUGUGUGCAGUUGGAUUAGCUUUAGCACUUAUUUUACAGGAUCAUUUAAACGAAGCAUUUGGUUUAAUUAGUAUUUUUAUAAUUUUUGGGACAACUUUAACUCUUUGUUUGGUUUUUGUUCCAAAAAUUGUUGAAUUAUGGAAAACACCAAAAAAUGCUUGUGAACAACAAAAACAUCAAAGGAAAGGAAUGAUGAAAAGUGUUGUUGGUGGAAAAAAUAAUUCUUCUUUAAUUAAUUCAAAACGUUCUGCUGGUGGAACAACAACAACAAAAACAAAUUCUACAACAACACAAGAAGGCUUACAUAGACAAUUAUCUUUAAUUUCUCCCGAAGAAAUGUUAAGGAGAAGUGGCCUUUUAGAAGUAGAAAAUUUGAGGUUACAUCAAACACUUGUUGAAAAAUCUAACCAACUCAAGGAAUUACUAGAAAAAGUAAAAGAACUUGCUGAACAACUUGGAGAAAUUGAAGACGAAAAAAUUUUGAUAGAAGAAAAACAACAACAAAAAAAUGUUAAAAAAUCCCCUAUUCAUUUGGGUAUUCCACAAGAGGAAGAAGAAGACAAUGAAAAUACAAAAAGAAGGUUGUCAGCAAGAACUUUAACUGCAGUAGUUCAACAAUUUAGGUUGAGGAGAACAAAAACAAGUAGUUGUUUAGAAUAG